AUGGCUGCACGUGCUGCUACCCCCGAUUCUCAACCUUUGCUUCAGGGCUUCGACCAUGCCCGCGCCUCUCUUUUCAAAUCGCCAGCCAACGUUUCCUUGCGAUCCUUGGAAGAUGCCGAUGUUUCAGUGUCUGGGUCCGAGGACGAAGAGGUGAACUCGCAGACUACUUUCUGGCGACGUCUGCGAAUGGCCAUACGGCGGCGGAACAACUCACGCAAGAUCCAGGCGUCUGGAACAGUCCGACUACUCCUCCACGACGAGAGAAAGAGGCCGAGGGAGUUCAGAUUCAGGAACCGACGUCUUGCAGCGAAGGCGUGUGUAUUAAUACCACUACUAAUCUUCAUCCUAUAUGGAUUCAUCCACAUCCUCAACAUCUUCCUGGGCCAUGUACCCAUCUUCCUGGACAACUCCAGUCCACCCAACUUCGACUGGAACAUACCAGAAAAAGACUUGCUGGACAUCACGCGGGACGUGACGCCCAUCCACUGCCACUCUCACAACGACUACUGGCGACGGGUUCCCCUCUACGAUGCCCUUCGCUGGGGUUGCACAGGCGUCGAAGCCGACGUCUGGCUCUUCGACGAGGAACUCCACGUCGGCCACAGCACCAACGCCUUGACACCCAACCGAACAUUUCGAUCCAUGUACGUCGACCCACUGGUAAAACUGCUGGACCACCAAAACCAAAACCCAACCACCCCAUCCACAUCCUCGACGCCGAAAAACGGCCUCUUCCCAAAAAGACCGUCGGAAACCGUAGUCCUCCUCGUCGACUUCAAAAACAACGGCCACAACAUCUUCCCAGUCGUAUCCGCCCAUCUCUCCGCCCUGCGUGAAAAACACUAUCUCACAUACUACAACGGCACGGCCACCAUCCCCGGCCCCAUCACAAUCGUAGCCACAGGAAACGCCCCCUUUGACCUCAUCAUCGCAAACACCACAUACCGCGACAUCUUCUUCGACGCCCCCCUCGACCGCUUAUAUAUUGACCCAGACUCCCCCCCUUCCCCUCCCCCUUCCUUCUCAACUCCACAACACAACAACCACCACCACAUCAACCCCCCAACCCCACCUCCCCUCUCCUCAGCCGGCCAAGGCACUGUAGGCACAACCCCGCACUCCUCCUUCACCCCCGCCAACUCCUUCUACGCCUCCACAAACUUUGGCCGCUCCAUUGGCUGGCUCUGGUUCGGCUACCUAUCGCCCGCACAACUCCGCACCAUUCGCGGCCAGAUCAGGGGUGCCCGCGAAAGGGGCCUGCGUCCUCGCUAUUGGAGCGCGCCCAAGUGGCCUGUUGGCCUGCGCAAUCGUGUGUGGAGGCUGUUGGUGCGGGAGGGGGUGGGGUAUUUGAAUGGAGACGAUUUGGGGGGUAUGGUGAGGGUAGGGUGGGAUGGGACGGAGUAG